AUGGCCUCUACCAAGGGAAGUGUAACACAACUACAUAAUUUCUAUCAUCAGCUGUUUACCAUUGAUACUCAGGUCGAGCAUCUGGAUAAAAAGUCUUUUGAUAUGAUAGAGGAAGAAGACAUUGAGCAUCAGUUGGUUAUCAGAAAGUCAAGACAUCUGAGUUUGUGUGCACAGUGGAGGGAACAGGUGUCUCUGAUUCCUGGCACAUAUCCAAUGUUGAAAGGAUGGGGACCUGAUGUCAAUGAUUUGGAGACUGCAUUGAAGGAUUCAUCACAAGAAAAUGUUGAUGAAGAGGAAAGUGAUGAUAAACAGUUGAAUUGCACAUAUAAUGUUGAAGAAGCAGACAACAACGAUGUUAUUGAAGGGACAGAAUCCAUGGCAGUGUCAGAUGCAUUCAGUGUAUCAGAUAAUGGGCUGGCCUUUGGGAGAUGGGAGAGUGAGGAUUUGUGGGAGGAUCUGGAAGAUGAUGAAGAAGAUAACUUGGAUGUUGGAACAUCUCAUAAGAGGUCAAGGCAGAAGUAUUAUGGCUUGUGUUUGGAAGUCCGGUCUCGUGACUGGAAAAAGACCGUAACCAGACCGGACCAAGACCGCAAAAGACCGGACCUGCGGUUACGGUCUUUUAUUUUUGAAAUGUAA